UCCACAGGCAGGUCUCAUUAUUUGCACGCGUCCUACAGUCAAUGCUGCACCAUGGUGGUUAGUUUACACAUGGCGCAAGAUAAAAAUGUCAAUUUAUCCCAAACAGACGACAAAUAUGUUGUGCAGAGGAUCGGAGGAGGUAGCAUUGUUGACCGUAGACCAGUAUUUUCCCCUGACGGCACAAUUUUGUUUGUUGUCUAUGGCCAAAUCAUUCGAGCCUACAGCACCCGCACCGGGCAGCUGGUUAGAGAUUAUAAGGGUCUGUCACAACCAGCGGUUGGUGUUCAACUCCACCCUACUAGACCAGAAUUGGUGGUCGCAGUGUCAGAAUCAGGGGAAAUGAUGGCAUGGCGGGAGGAUUCGGGUAUCCACAUGUUGACAGUGAAAUUAUCGGUGGCUGCUCAAUGUGAUCAUUUAUUCAGCUUCAAUCUGCUUCCAUCAGAGGAUGGUGAUUGUGAUAUAUUUGUAACAUGGCAGAAGAAAAAUUCUAGACAAGCUAACUUAUCUGUUUUUUCAUCCAAGGGGAAACACAAAACUGAUUUCAAUUUUAGUAUAGAUAUUGGCACUCAUAGUGUUGCUUUUGCAUUUGGCUGCCACUCUAAUGGAAAAUAUGUAGCCGCCAUUUGUAAAGAUAGAUUGUACUCCACUGAUUUGGCCAGAAAUAAAGGUAACUGGUUCCGAGUUUCAAAAGGAACAGUUCUUACUUGUGUUGCCUGCCAUCCAACUGAGUGUUGUGUGGCCACAGGGGAUGCUAGAGGACGGGUAUUGAUAUGGAGAGAUAUCAUUGAUAACCCAGCACCCCCUCAGGCUGUUUACCACUGGCACACAUUACCUGUAGCUGAUGUUGUUUUUUCUCAAUCAGGCUCAUUUUUCUUUAGUGGAGGGGGAGAGUGCGUUUUGGUAAAAUGGCGUUUAGAUAAUCCUCAUGACAAAAGUUUUCUGCCUCGCCUAUCUGCACCUAUUUGCCACCUGAAUACAUCCAAGGACAAUCUCAUUGUUUCUGCAUCAACUCAAGAUAAUGCCAUACAACUAAUUGAUCCUCAGCGUCAAAUUUUCAAAAGAAUACAGUAUUUUUCGUGGGGAGUUCAAUCUGCUGGGCAUGACCUCCCAUUAUUCCCUGCAGGACUCAAUUUUGACAGAAGAACUCAUUCCUUGGUUCUGAAUAGUCGCACAGGACAUAUUCAGUUUUAUAGUCCACGCACUCACAGCAUUUUGUAUAAUUUGGAUAUAACUGUUCAAAACUACAUUACUCAAGAAAGAAAUGUAGAAAUAAUUAAUACUGAAGUUAUAUGUGUUGCUUUGAGCAAUUGUGGAAAAUGGUUAUCAACAGUAGAGUACAUUGACAAUGGAGAAAUGACUGUGCAGGUUUCUUUGAAGUUCUAUACCUUUAAUCACACCACUCAGAGGCAUUCACUAAAUACUUCCAUUAACCUACCUCAUGAUGGUCGAGUGUAUGCACUUCGAUUCCGCCCUGCUGAAAAUGAUGAUAUGCUAAUGGCUGUAACCACAGGUGCAGAUAAGAAAUUUCGCAUUUGGGGAUUGGCAUCAGGGAAACACUGGCAUUGUAUAAGUAUGGGUCACUAUCGUGAUCUAUCUGUUCGAGAUGCAGCCUUUUCAAGUGAUGGCUCAGUACUUGGAAUUUCUUUUGAUUCCACUCUCACUUUAUGGAACCCUGAUAGCUGUGAUUUUCAGUGUAGUCUUUCUCCAGCAACUCCCAAGGGCCCUCCCAUUAUGUCCAUCCAGUUUGGCAGCAGAGAUUGCUGUCAUUUAGUUGUUGCUGGUUCCUCAGAAGGGUUGACUGUAUGGAGCAUUCUUACCCUUUCAAUCGUGUGGACUGUUCCUCUUGAGCUGACAAUUUUAUGUAAAGACCCCUUUUCCAAAUAUAUGGCGGCAUUUACUAAAGACAAUACAUUAUAUGUGUUUUCUCCAAAGGAGUCAAAACCAGUGUUUAGGCAUCAAGAUAUUUGUCCCAGUGGUACUAGAAUUUUAUGUGCAACGUUUGCACCUAGAAUGAAUCCAAAAUCUGAUGGUUCUUGGCAAGCUUCAAGCCAACUUUAUUUUAUUGACUCAAAUCAGGAGCUUCUUGCCCUUCAGAAUGCCAAAGAAAUAACUGAUGUGACUGAGUCUGGUUUAGAAGGCCUUCCAGAGUGGGCUCCUGCUCUGACUCCUUUCAGUUCUCUUGUGGCAAAGCAGACUUCCUCCUCAGCGAUAGCUCAAGCCGGAACCCAGCACAAUCAAUUAGGAUUAGCUGGGAGAAAGGAACUGGAAGAAUUGCUGGCCGCGCCCGCGCACACCAUGCCGCCCCAGCAUCUGCUCUGCGGCGGCAUCCUGGGGUCCCUCCUCGUCAGGACGACGAGCGCGGACGGCGACGCCGAGCAGGACGACGAUCGCGAGCCCGCCGCCGCUGCGGACUCGGACUCGAGCGACGACGAGGAUGACAAGGCCGUCUCGGUGGAGAAGAAGGAGGAGCCAGCGGUGGCCGCGAUGGCUGCCAUGACGGUCGCCCAGGUGGAGGACGCGGAGGCCGUCCUGAAGAAGGUGCUGUCGGAGCGCCUGGACUGGGCUGAGAGUCUGCUGCUGUAGCGGUCGCCGCGCGGACGAGGCCGAGGCCGUGGACUGGAAGGUUGAGCGCGGUCGGAACAUUCGGGCCCUUACAUCGACGUUCGACAUGAAGGAAAAGAAAAUCACUGAUGACUCGGAAAUUAUGUUGUUGAGACAAAUUUAUGAACUUUUGUUAAAAUUUUUACAAUAAAUUGUAUCAAUGAAUCAA